CGGAGUCUGAAUGGCUGCAGAUUUAUAAAAUGUGGAGUCAGGACCAAUGUAAUUUCUUCAGUGUGCCCUUUUUCAGAAGGACGUUCAUAUUUGAAGGCUAAAUUGGAAAGCAAGCUGAAACCUGCUCCAGUCCAUUACAGGUUGAACUCAAGGAGCUUUUAGUGAAUCAUCAUGGAUGAGGACUUCGACAUUGAGCGCCGCAGGGAGCUACGGAGACAAAAGCGAGAAGAAAUGCAGAGGGAGGCAGAGAAGAUGAAAUCUCAGGAUGAUGAGGAGGAGGCAGCUCGGGAGUGUCGUAGACGAGCCCGUCAGGAACGCCUGCGCAACAUGGAGAAUGAGGAGUUGAGUAGCACUACAACAGAAACUUAUAGUUCUGAGACAUCAACAUUGAUCACUGGUUCUGCACCGGCUGAGGAUGAUGACCAGGCUCUCCUGGAUAGGAUUGCUAAGAGAGAAGAGCGGAGACAGAAAAGAAUGAUGGAGGCUUUAGAGAGACAGAAGGAACUUGACCCAACCAUCAUGGAUGGAAAUGUCAUGACCACUACAGAGCCAAGUCAUAGAAACGGUGAGCAAGAGUCCCAAAAAGAGACAGAAACCAACCACUGGGAGGAAAGGGAAGAGAAAAAACAAGAGGAAAAGAUAAAAGUAACCAAGACAGAGGUUGAGGAGACAAUCACGGUAACUCCAGUCACAGCUGCUGAAGAACCCAAAGAAACUCCUGAGAAGAUAGAAGACAAACAGGGGUCUUACCUCAAAAAACAGGAAUCUACAGAGGAGAAACCCAAAGAACCAGCUGUGACAAAUAAGGAAGAAUCUGUCAGUGCAAAUAGAGAGACUAAAGAAAAAACAGAAGCAGAUUUAGCAAGUGCAGAUUUAGAAAAGAAAGAGGUUGAAAGUCUUGUAUCGAGUAUGGUCUCGCAAGAGAAACCUGCAAUAGAGGACAAAAUAGUAGAAGUUGAAAUCAAAGUGGAACCAGCUACAUCACAGAAUGAAGAAGAAAAGCCUGUGCAGAAAGAGGAACCUGAGAAGAAACCUGAAGAAAAGCCUGUGGAGAAAAAGGAACCUGAGAAGAAACCUGAAGAAAAACUUGUGGAGGUGAAGGUUAGAAUACAAGAUUCAGAACCUCCAGUGAAGGAGGCUGAGAAACCUACGAAAGAACAAGAAAAGCCUAAUGUACCUGAAAAGACUGUUGAAGAAACACCUAAAAAGUCAACAAGGGAAGUUGAGGUUAAGGCCCAGAUCACAAAGAAAGGAGAGGAGAACCCACAAAUGAAGAGGCAGGUUGAAGAAAAACCAUCAACACCAAAGAAAGUUGAGGAGAAACUUGUGACACCAAAGCAAGAUAUUGAGGAAAAGCCAAAAUGGAAGAAAGUGAGAGAAGAAACUGAGCCCAAACCUGCAGAAAAUGCUAAACUAAAGAAGAAAGAGGUUAUGGAGGAAAAGCCAAAACCUUCCUUUUUACGUGACAAACUGAAAGUGACAACAAAGCCACAUGAUACAGUUGACAGCACAACAAAAGCCAAGAAACCAGAGAAGAUGCUAAGCCCCACAGGUUUACGCUCUCCUGUAACUGAGAAGCAGGAUCCCAUAGCCAAGCUGGAGGCAGAACGCAAGCUACAGGAGUUGAAGCGCCAGAGAAAUGAGACUGACAGCAAGGUGCUGGAGAAGAUGAAGCAGAAGCAACAAACGGCUCAGGCCGAGCUGGAGGAGCUCAAGAAGAAGAGGGAGGAGAGGAAAAAGAUUCUCGAGGAAGAGGAGAAACAGAAGAAACAGCAGCUGGCAGAAAAGAAGGCCAAGGAGGAGGAAGAGAGGAAGAAGAUGAAAGAAGAGAUCGAACACAGAAGAGCAGAGGCAGCAGAGAAAAAGAAGCAAAAGGAGGAGUCCAAAGAAGGGAGCAAACCGCCAUUCAUCGCUCCAAAGGGAGCCUCUGCCAAGAUUGGGGAGAAAGCUGAAUUUUUGAACAAAUCUGCUCUUAAAAGUCCAGUGAAGAUGUCACACACGCCAUUAGUAUGCAAGAUUGGAAACAGACUGGAGCAGUACACUACUGCUGUUCAGACUAAAGAAGUGGCCAAAUCACCCAAAUCUCUUGUGGAUGUACCUGUAGCUGAAGGUGUGCGGAACAUCAAGAGCAUGUGGGAGAAGGGGAACAAUGUCAAUCCCACCUCCAGUCCUGCAAGCCCCCCAGCAGUCACAAAGGAAACAGCUGGCCUGAACAUUGGUGUGGCUGGUCGGAUUAACAGUUGGAAGACCAAGACUCCUGAGCAGCAGAAACCCAUUGAACCAAAGCCCGCCCCUGAACCAGAAAAACCAGCCAUCAAAACAGAUCAGAAGCCAGCUGAUGUAACUAAAACACAUAGCCUAUGGGAAACAAAGGGCUCCUCCCCUGCCAAGGUGCUCACAGCCAGGAGUAAAUUCGUUACUAAUGGGACAAGAAAAUGAAGACAUUUGACCAGACACCAGAUCAGGCAAAAUUGAAGCUGAAUCCAUAAAAUGUGCAUUGAUUUAUGACAGUGGUUCUCAAGUGGUUUUCUUUCAGGAUCCAGGUUUUACAUCGGAUGUCAAGUGGGGAUCCGACACUGUAUCGAAAUUGUUUUUCAUACAAAAAUAAACAAAUGUCUUCAAAAUCAAACAUUGAAAUUUAUUACAAUUAUUAUGUACUGCAUAGGCCCAUAAAUAUGCAGAAUUAAUAACAACAAUUAUAUAACUGUAGAAUUAAAAUAGUUAAAGGAAUAGUUCACCCAAAAAUACAAAUUAUUUCAUCAUUUAAUCACCCUCAUUCCAUCCUAGAUGUUUUUGACUUUCUUUCUUCUGCUGAACACAAACAGAGAUUUUUAGAAGAAGAUUUCAGCUCUGUACGUCCUCACAAUGCAAGGUAAUGGUGACCACAAUUUGGAAGCUCCAAAAGGCACAUAAAGGCAGCAUAAAAGAAAUCCAUAAGACUCCAGUGGUUAAAUCUAUAUCUUCAGAAGCAAUAUGAUAGGUGUGGGUGAGAAACACAUCAAUAUUUAACAUUCUUCAUGCAUAUCGCCACCUACUGGGCAGGGAGGAUAAUUUAUGGUAAAAAAGAACUUAAAUACUGAUGGGUUUCUCACCCACAUCUAUCAUAUCGCUUCUGAAGAUAUGGAUUUAUUCACUGGAGUCGUAUCCAUUACUUUUAAGCUGCCUUUAUGUACUUUUUGGAGCUUCAAAAUUUUAGAACCCAUUCACUUGCAUUGUAUGGACCUACAAAGCUGAAAUAUUCUUCUAAAAAUCUUAAUUUGUGUUCUGUUGAAGAAAGAAAGUCAUACACAUCUGGAAUGGCAUGCGGGUGAGUAAAUUAUGGGAGAAUUUUAAUUUUUGGGUGAACUUUUUCUUUAUCUAGCCUUGACUCAAAAAGUGGUCCCACUUUAUAUUAGGUGUCUACUAUGUACUAAAAUGAAAAUACAUACAAAAAUUUUACUUAUUAUGUAACUACAUGUUCUGCAGAAUUCUUACAAGAUUUACAUUUACUGCUACUGAGGUUGAGGGACAUGUAGGGUAAGGGUAAGGAUUGGAGUAGGGUUAAGUUUAGGGUUAGAUGUAAGGUUAACAGUGUAACUACAAACAUAAUUAAAUGCAGGUACAAUGCAUCAGUACGCAUGUACAUAAUAAGUACAUUGUAUUAAAUGCUUAAGUACAUAAUAGUUAAAGACACCUAAUAUAAAGUGGGUCCCAUAAAAUGAACAUACCUGGAUAUAGCUUUCUUCUUCUUCAUCACUGAUUCAUGAAAUAAACAUAAAGAUGCCAUGAGACUUUGAAACUCCCACUCCUCUCAGUGUAGUCUCUUGUGCAUGGAGAAUCUUAUGGCCGAAUACAGUAGCUGUUAAUUCUACCCUCAUGAUGUAAUGCUUGUUGAUGUAUUAUCAUUGCUGACAUACUGCAGUUCAUGGGGAUCACCUCUCCUUGACUCCAAAACAGAUUAGCAAAAAUAGAACUUUGUUUCUCAGUUUGCUUUACCUUUUUCCUGAGUUCUGCUAUGUUGUUCAAUUAUCAAGUGUAAAUGUUUGAAAUCUCAUGCUCCAUAACAUGUCACUUGUAGUUGUGGAUUGUGCUGUGCUGAUCUUAUUGCUUUUUGCUUACCAGACAUACAGUGGUCCCAAAAAGUAAUAUAAAUUCAUAAUAAAUUAAUUAAUAAAUGCCACUUGGUUUGAUUUGUAGUUGUCUAAUACCAUGAAAAUUUUCACCCAAAAAUGAAAGUUCUCUCAUCAUUUACUCACCCUCAUGCCAUCCCAGAUGUGUAUGACUUUCUUUCUUCUGCAGAACACAAACAAAGAUUUUUAGAAGAAUAUCUCAUCUCUUUAUGUCCAUAUAAUGCAAGUGAAUGGUGAUCAGGCCUUUGAAGCUCCAAAAAGGAGAUAAAGUCAGCAAAAAGGUAAUCCAUCUGACAUUAGUGGUUAAAUCUAUAUCUUCAGAAGCGAUCCUGUUGUUUUUGGGUGAGAACUGACCAACUCCUUUUUCACUACAAAUCUUGACAUCAUCAGUCCCCUUGUGAUCAUGAUUUCAAGCUCAAUUACACUUGGAUGGCAUGAGGGUGAGUAAAUGAUGAGGGAAAUUUCAUGUAUACCUUUAAAUGUACAAAUACAUAUUGGGGACACUGUAUAUCAUAUCUCUUGUAUUUUGAUGCAAACUCAGAGGCAUGCUUUGAACACUACACAAUUGCUUAACAAUAAUAAAGAACUUUUUAUGAUUUCACCAGAAGUGUGGUAGUACUAUGGAUAUACCCUUGCACAAAAUCAAUAAAAUCCAUCAAUUUGCUAAAUCUCCUAUCUCUUUUCUUACAAGUUUAUAUUGUCAGUGUGAAACCCAACACGUGUACAACUAUUGUAUUUCCAAACAAGUUUUCACAGUAAAAAGAUCCAUCCAACAUA